AUGUCUCCAUUAAAAACUACGACAAUCUCUGAUAACAAACUAUACGCAAUUUCUGUAAUCAUUUUAUCCGUUAUGACAUUUUGUACAUUAUCUGCUUUUUGUUCAUGUGCCUUUGUAAUAAAAUUUUGCGUAUGGUUUUUAGUAAACGUAAUUGGUGGUAUCGCUUCCAAUUUAAAAUCAAAAUUUUUCAAUGUUAUCUCCAGAAAAAGUAAUGGGCUUAGAAAAGAUUGUAAAACCUCUUCUAAGAAUGGUUCCUCGGCGUUAAGCAGUGUUGACAAUGAAAAGAAAAAUUCAUGUCAUGUUCCAGAUAUUCCUUCUCCUUUAGGUCCAAAUCGACAAAAAGAAUGGAUCAAAUCUAUAGAUUAUUUUCCUUCUGAACGUCAUUCUAAACAUAUUAAAUCAAAAAAAACCAAACUUUCUAUGAGCGAUAAAAUGAUUGAAUCAACUGCUGCAUAUCGUGUAGGAAAAAAAUGUCGUGGUUGGCAAAAUGGCGAUGCUGAAGAAUAUGCAAUAAAAAGAUUACAGGGAAAAAACACUGAACCUAUAGAGCUGGUUUCUUUUAAUGAAGAUAAAAUAGAGUAUAUUCAGGUUAAAGAUAUAAACGUCCGAUUAGACCAAGAACGUCCGAAUUUAAUUCGUAAAGAAAGAGGCUACUUUUGUAAAAAGGAUGAAUCUAUAGUCUUUUGGCGAACUGUUGCCCGAGGUAUAUCAUUAUUUGCUUGGUGGCAACCUUCUCCUUUAGACUCUUUUUAG